AUGCAACUUCCUCCCCUCGCCGUGAUGGCGACAUGGCCGACGCCAAACUACGUCGACCCGGUAACUCGAGGCCACGGCGCCAUGAUCGUCAACAUUAUUGGUACUGCUCUAUCAUUCUUGGUGGUUAUUGCCCGCAUCUACACUCGACUUUGUAUUACCUGCAGUGCCGGAGUCGAUGACAUUCUGAUCGUGAUCGCCAUGAUAUUCGCCAUUGCCAUGGUAGUGGUGACUACCUAUGCCACCGAGGUCUGGGGUUGGAAUCGACACAUUUGGGAUGUCCCGACGACAUGGCUCUCGACCGUGCAAAAGCUGAACCUCGUCUUCCAAAUCAUGUUUUCGAUAUCCUCCUCCGUCACCAAGAUCUCGCUCAUGUGGUUCUGUCGGCGGCUUCUGGGUGCUGGCAAGGGCAACUUCAAGGCGUACAACUUUGCUUUCAUUGGCUCCAUGAUCUUUGUCGGAGUUUGCUGCUUGGUCUUUACUCUUCUCAGCAUCUUCCAGUGCUCCCCUAUCAAGGCGUAUUGGGAAAUCAGCCCCAAGUACGAAUACAAGUGCGCCAACGACGGCAAAAUUGUGUUUUCUGCUAGUGUCAUCAACAUCUUCACGGAUUUCCUGGCCACCGCUCUGCCGAUGCCGCUCAUCUGGAGUUUGAAACUCCCCGCCCGGCAGCGCCUUGCUGUCAUCUCAAUCUUCGGGCUUGGUAUCAUCGUCAAUGUCGCCGGGUCCGUUCGCACUGUGUACGUGUGGAAAAGCAUGGUUGUCGGCUACGAUACUACUUGGAUUGGAUGGCCGGUUCUCGUUGCGGCCUCGAUCGAGAUCAACCUGGGACUGAUUUGCUCCUCAGCCCCGGCUCUUCGUCCACUUAUUGCCACUUUCAUUCCCCGAUUCCUUCAAUCAACCCGAAACCUCGGCUCCUCCUACAACCAACGCAGCCGUUCCCAAAAGCUCUGGUCCUCAACCGGCCGCUCUCGCAAUUCGCACAUGGUUGUCGGUACCAACGACUCUCGUCAAGCAGGUUAUGAAAGCGAUCGCUUCGAGAUCAUGCGGACGGUUGAGAUGGAAAGCUGGAGUGAAUCCCGGCUGGCUCACAAUAACGCAAUGGGCCAUGCUUAUGGCAUCUCAUCGGAGCAUUCACGCACAGUCUCUCCCGAGAAUGACAUUGAACUGAAGCAAGGCGGCAUGGUCUACUCGUCAGCUGCCAGCGACAAAUCUUCUACGUCGCUGCCGCGCGGUGCAGUUUCACCUUUCGAAGACAGGCGCCCCCAUUGA